AUUAUUAUUAUUAUUAUUAUUAUUAUUUUAUUAUCAUUAUUAUUGUCGUUGUUGUUGUUAUUGUUGUCGUUGCGCAGUGGCCUUGGACGCCAGAUGAGGUGGUUGGAUGAUCAUGAUUGGGCAUUUAUGAUUCGCAUCGCACACUACCACCACACUAAUUUAGUAUAACUAGGGAAAGAUAUGAAGUUUGUUUACUUUCUGGGUUUGCCUGCUCGCAGUGGCCUAACUGUUUUGUACCUUCUCACGCCAAAUAGGUGCAGCGGUACGUUAGCCCCAACGUCAGCAAGCAUCAUACAAACACGGGAUAUAUGAGAGCAAAGAUGACGAGAAGGCUGCUUCAGCUCUCGACGGUGGAAAGCUUAAAAUAUUCCAGACCAGCUCCGUCUGAUUCCCCCAGAUUUCCACUCUUACUCAAUUCCUCUCUUGUCCCCCACCACCCGAAACUUGAACCCACAGCAGCGGCUAAGAAGCCCCUUUUCCGCUCCCGUUGCAAUACAGAGUACUAAAAAAGCCAACGCCUCCCACCCGCUGGACACGGGUCGGGUAACACUCGGAACAAGUCCCCCCACUCUCUGGCUCCGCUUGCACAAGGUCGUGCUGAUUCUGGCGAGCUUUGGCGUAAUAGUAAGAAAAGAUGGCUUGAAACCCGCUUGGCCCCAGUGUCAGCAAAACUCGACCCAGCUGGGUGAGAGCCCGCGUUAUAUAUCUCAUGGAAGAGAACCGUUUAUUUCUUCGUCUUUUUUUGCCUUUGGAAUGGGUCUCUUCUUUUCCCCCGCAAUCCUUAGCAGCGAUCUUCGAUGUGAUUUGAAACAUAGCUGAAAUUCUAAUGUUCAUGAUUGAAGAGCUGCCAGUCCCUUUUUACUUCGCUCGACUUGAUUGACUGAUUGACUGACCGACCGACUGCCUGACGCACCGCUUUCUUUCCACUCCCAUUUGUUUGUUGUUUGAUUCCUCUGGCUGCCAGAAAGCGAGCGAGCAUUUAUUCGUCGCCAUGAAUGCCGCAGACAAACUCAAAGAGGACCUGCCGGUCGCCAUGGCCAUGGCGGCCUUCGUGGGCAUUUCGUGGUACAUCGGUGCGGAAUUGAAUAUCCGACUGUUCUUAAUCUUCAAGCGAAAACGUGGGCUGUACUUCUGGAGCUGCUGUCUCUGCUCCUGGGGCGUUAUCCUCCAAUCACUACUUAUCAUCUUGGUUGAUUUUGGCGUGCUGCGGCAUAUGUGGGUGGCAAUGGCGCUUAUCUAUGCCACCUGGUGGCUCAUGGUUGUGCCGCAGGCUGUGGUUCUCUACUCGCGGCUCCAUCUCGUCAUCUGGAAUCGGAAGCAUCUUCGAUACGUGCUGUACAUGAUUAUCUUUACUGUGAUAUUUAUCUCGAUCCCAACGAUGCUUCUUGGAAUCUUUGCUCAAGCCGGCGGGAAUCCAACCGUUUUACGCGUAAACGCAGUCUGGGACCGCAUCCAAGUCAGCAUCUUCUUCGUCGAGGAAACAAUCAUCUCCAUCCUGUAUGUUAUAGAGACUCGCCGUCGCCUUGAAAACCUGCGGACCCUUGGCGAGCGCCAUAACACCAUCUACCAAGUCAUGCACCACCUCAUCUACACCAACCUCUUGGUCAUCUGCCUCGACAUAUCCCUCCUCGGCCUCUCCUACUCGAAGCACUUCUACAUCCAAGCCGCCUACAAGCCGUGCGUCUACGGCCUCAAACUGCGCGUCGAGUUCUCCAUCCUCAACCGCCUCAUCUCCUCCCUGCAGAGUUCCACACACCUCUUCUCUACAACGGCACCCUCCUCCCAUCCGCAUGCGCCUAUUCGCAGCCCCGAAUCGAGGAUGCCCGCUCAGCGUUCUCUAAAACCAGACGAAAUGACGCUGGACACUCUCAGCUUCGAACCCAGCGCGUCCAGGUCAACUUGAACCCCGACCAGGCUAUUAUUGGUCGAUACGAACAAUUUGAGGCUAACGCUCUAACGACGCCUCCAUGGAAUGUUAGACCAAGGGAGCGGGGGCUCUAAUCCCCAUCCGGAUUGCUCCGAACGACCGGUUCAGCUCUCUCCAUGCGUAUCGAAUAGUAAAAAGGUCGGCAUGAUACAUCGUUACUUGGAGAUGAAAGCCAACAGCAUUCAAUUAAAUACGAAUCGAUGGAAGCUAGUGCUGAAGCUCAGUUGCAAAAUCAUCUUUCGUGACAACUUUACAAAUACCUAAUGGGAUUCUUCUCGUUAACCUACUCCCCUCCCACCACCCCCCUAUCCAUACCACCACCACAAGCAAUCAAAGCGAGGGCCACCUUCUCAACCACCCCCUCUACCCCUGCAGCAGCAGGCAACUGGGAGCGUAACCUCCCGGCCCCAAGCAACAACAACACAAGCAACGACCACAAAAACAACAACGACAACAACAACAUCAUCGACACGAUAAUGCCAAGAAGGGAAAAAGUGCCCAAGAGCAAGCUGUCAAACGCAACAACAGUAACAGCAGCAAAAACAACAACAACCCGCAAUUCCCAAAGCUCAGCUUCGAGGCGCUGGGAUUGAGCGGGAGCAUGAAGAUAUUUUGUUCUGGGGCUGGUGGGGACACUGGGCAAGAUGGAGACUUGGUUCUGGUACAAGGCGAUUUGGGGGUGGUGGAGGGGGAGCGUGGAUGAGGAAGGGACUGAUGGGGACAAGGAGAAGGAGAAGGGAUCAAGCCUAGAUAUGGAAUAUGGAUUUUCUUUAAUGUCUAACACGGUAAAGAGGGAAAUAUGGAAGUAGGGGUAGUUUGGGGGGAUAUAUUGCCUCCGUACCACGGCAAUUUGGGUGAACUGUAUGAUCAGUGUAACGUCUAUAUUUUCUCUAGAAUAUUUAGGAUAGAUAAAAAGAAUAGAUAUGAAUUUAAUUUAUGAGACUAUCAACCAA